CUUGGCAGGAACCAGCGCAGAUAAGGAAUGGAGCAGGAGUCGGAGAGGUUUCAGGAGGCGUUGACUUGCGCAGGGGGCUCAUUCCUUUAUAGCCCGCAACGGCAGCUGCAAACGCUAUAGCUUCGGGCUUGCCCCUAGCGGCAGCCCGGCUCGCUUGAUGGCGGCUGACAGGAGCUUAGUUCGGGGCCCUCGUAAAUGGAUCCUGUCAUCGGUCGCAGUGGCCCCCCGACCAUGGGUCGAAUAUGAAGAAGAAUCCCUGCUGUCAACGGGCCUCAGAUCUCCUGGUCGAUCGCUCCCGAAUCAGUCCCGAUGGAGCGAAACUAUGUCUCGGCUGGUCAGGUGCAGGCCACCGGGUAUACCAUGAUUGCCCUGUCGUCGGCGGUGGUCAUGGCUCGGUUUAGUUUGAUUGUCUGGAAGCUACGGUCGCUGCAGAUUGAAGAUGGCUGCAUUCUGCUGGCCUGGGCUUGUUUCCUGGCCAUGAGUAUUGCGUAUAUUAUCGUCACCCCGGUCAUAUACAAGAUCAGUGCGUAUGAAGCGGGCGACAUUGCUCCUUGGGCGACCAUGGUGUCGGAUGCCUUGUUCAUGAUCAAGGUGUUUUUUGCGAAUACCAUGUUGCUGUGGGGGGCCUUGUGGUCGGUCAAGCUUGCAUUUCUGUUUCUCUAUCGCCGACUUCUUCGAGAUCUGCCGGGUCAGAUGAAGUGGUGGUAUAUGGUCAUGGGCUUCUGCCUCGUGACCUUUAUCGGGGCAAUCGUGUCCAAUUUUACUUCCUGUCAGAGCAUGCAUGCAUGGUUCACUGUUGGGGCGUGCGAUACGCAUCGCGAUGCCGUGGCCGAGAUUGCCAGUCUGUACUAUGCAUUUGCAGUUGACGCUCUGAGUGAUAUCAUGAUCAUGGUGCUGCCUCUGCGACUGGUGGUGUCGCUUCACCUCCCGCUAGGCCAGAAGAUCAGUGUCGCAGCCGUGUUUGCCCUGGGAACCAUCUGCGUGGUGAUGGCUGUGGUGCGAGUCGUCCAGAUCGGCACUCGGGCCAACAACGACAGCACUCCGAGUAGUUCCUGGCUGGCAUUCUGGGGAAUGAUCGAGGCGGGAAUUGCCGUCAUUGUCGGGUCUCUCCCAGCCUUUGCUACCGUCUACCGUCGCACCAAGAAUACCAAUCGCUACCGAAGCAGCUACGUCGGAAUGCCGUCGUCGGUGUAUGUGCCGCAGAACGAGCUCGCUUUGUCGGAUAUUACCAGUGGGAUGGAUAGCACGGGGGAGGAUUUGAAGGCAUUCAACACGACGCCCGAGUUACCGAUGGAAUAUUCUACGGAAGAUUGAUGGCAUUAUGGAUUAUGUGGAUAUGAAAGUUUUGACGCUAUACUAUGUAAAAGGCUACCAAU